GUGGCCCGUCUGGUUGUUGCUCGGGGCAUCAUCGUAAAUUCCAUCGACUUUAUCCUCUUCCUGAACACCCAGCCUCCCGCUGCUCGCUACCCCUUUUCACUCGCUGUUCCACCACCGGUUUCCUUCAAUCACGAACCUCUCUGAUAAAACAAUAGCCAAACCAAAUUUCAAAAAUGGCACUUUCAAUAUCUACUCUGGCGUCCUCCCUUUCUUCUCUCUCAUUUUCCGCUCAGGUUUCCCAUAAACCAAACAGCCUCUCGGUUUCCCGGCCGAAAUCGCUCUCAAUUGCGCCACUCUCCAAGGGCCGCACGCUCUCCAUCGCUGCCUCGGUAGCCUUGCCGACCGAAUCUGAGACCGUCGACCUCAAGAAUUAUGUGAAAUCGAGGCUUCCAGGAGGUUUUGCUGCUCAAACGAUUAUCGGCACUGGACGCCGGAAAUGUGCUAUUGCUCGCGUUGUACUCCAGGAAGGAACUGGAAAAGUUAUCAUCAAUUACCGUGACGCCAAGGAGUAUCUUCAGGGGAAUCCAUUAUGGCUUCAAUAUGUUAAAGUACCAUUAGUAACACUGGGAUAUGAGAAUAGCUAUGAUGUGUUUGUCAAAGCUCAUGGAGGUGGGCUCUCUGGUCAAGCUCAAGCAAUUUCCCUCGGUGUUGCUCGUGCCCUGCUGAAGGUGAGUGAUAGCCACAGGUCCCCUUUAAAGAAGGAAGGGCUUCUGACUAGGGACUCGAGGGUUGUCGAGAGAAAGAAAGUUGGCCUCAAGAAGGCUCGUAAAGCCCCACAAUUCUCCAAGCGUUGAGGUCUAGGGUUGUGAGCGAUGGUUUGUAAACAUUUUCCCAUUUGCAUUUUGACUAUUAUAAUUGUUCAUUCUGUUCCUGCUCCGUGCUUUAGAAAAGCCUCUUACAUUGUAAGCUAGGAUCUCAUUCAUUUAGCUAUACUUACCUGAAGAUUUUCCAUUUAUGUAGAUAUAGCCAGGACGGAUUCUGUUUCGGCUAAAGUACGUAAUAGAAGCAUUGUUAAGGAUAUAGUCUGUAGAUGUGUCUUCCAAAUGGUUGAUAUUGCUGUUAUAUUCUUUUCCUUUUGAGGUUUUACUGAAGUAGAUGUUGGAGGUGAUUCUUGAA